UGUUUGGUUUUUUUUUUUAUCAUUUAUGUAAAUUAUGCUCACACCUUUCCCAUAUCAUCACCAAUUUGUCUACUUUAAACUUCUUACCAUUUGGCUUCCCCAGUAAUACUUUUCUGCUUUUUUGGAGAUAAAUAUGAAGGAGUUUCCUGGGACACCAGGUACUGUCCUUGGUCUGAUUCUGAGGAUGUCACAGUUCAUUUUUGCUACGCUGUCAAUUGGUUACAUGGUUACAACAACAAGUUUCAUGGAUAUUACAGCUUUUUGUUACUUGGUAGCUGCAAUGGGUUUACAAGCCAUUUGGAGUUUUCUUCUUGCUUUGAUGGAUGCAUACGCCGUGGUGAGAAAGAAAGUCCUCCACAACCCCGCACUUGUUAGCCUCUAUCUGGUUGGAGAUUGGGUUUCAGCCACACUAUCUCUAGCUGCGGCGUGUUCCUCAGCAGGCAUCAUAGUUUUAUACUUCCAUGAUUUAGGACAUUGUUAUUUUGGCGAGAAAUGUCGAAGCUAUCAGAUUUCAGUUGGAUUUGCCUUCUUGAGCUGGAUUCCAACUUCAAUAUCAUCGUUAAUUAUGCUUUGGCUAUUAGCUGGAGGGUAGCAGAGACAAUAUAUUGAUUCCACAAGUAUCGUCGCAUUGAAAAUAUGUUCAUAAAUUUCUUUGAAAGUGUCAAUAGGAAAGGAAAUAGGUUAGGUUCACACUCAUUCAAAUUGAUUCCUUCAUUUCGAUCGGAAUUGUGAUAGCAUCAGAUAGUAAAGAGACAGAAAAAUAUAAUUGAUUUUUCCCCAAAGAAACUAGUCUUACCAAAAGUUGUUACAAUAGGUAAGAAGUAAUUUCAAAGAGGUUAUUGAUUUGAUACUAGAUUUCUCUUUUCAAAAGGACUUGUUGGUCAUUUGAUGUAAGUUGACUAUGAAUUGCAUUAAGGAAUGAUGAACUGUCUUUUUUAUUUUGGUGAUCACUGA